UUCACACUGUACUUUAAGAAAGUUUUCCGCGGUAGAGAUUCCUUAUCGACUUUGCUAAACACGCUAAACACUUUUUGCUUGACAGAUGAUUGAGACGACGACCGUCAGUCUGCUCACUGCUGCAUAGAUCGCAUUGAGCACGGAUAAAUACGCAGAAAUACGAGAAAUACGUAUGUCCUAUGUAACCAAUCAAACUUGCUGCUGACAAGAGCGGCGGAACAUAAUGUGGUUAAUUUGCACCAUGGGACUGGCCUCCGACCUAUGGUAGAAAAGUGGCGAGCUGGCGAUUAGCAAAUAGCGAGCGAACGGACGGAGAGAAUCUUGCAUUGAAUAUCAGCGAUGUGGUUAGUCCGCGGUCGGUUUGUUUCGCACAAGCGGUUUCGUUAAGUUCGCAUUCACUGCAAUCAGCUGGUCUUGUAUGCCGCAAUCACGUUUGAGCGCCUGAAAGAAACAGAUCAAGCAGUCUGCACUUCGCUGGCCUAAAGAGAAAAAAUGUGUGUGCGAUUUCAGUCUGCAAAUAUCUACGAAUUUUUAUCUGAUUAUCGUGUAAAAGUACCCAUGGAAACAAAUGGUUUGGAAUCUAGCUGCGAGACUCUAGCUCCCGUUCGAUCGGAUGGCUUUGGCAAACAAUGACGUGCGUCCAGGACACAAAAUUACUACACAAAACAAGUAGUUACCCCCUGUGCUCUGUCAAGGAAAGUUUAAAAGCCGGAUUAAAAUGGAGAGUUCCAGUGAUGAAAAGCAAAAUGAGUCGGAUGAGUGUGACGACAGAAGCGAGAAGAAUGAUGAAUUGGGGAUCGAGUCGAAUAGUCAAAAUGUCUCGCAAACGAGCCUAGAAAAGAUAGAUAAUUUAGAAAACGUAAGCAAUUGUCAGAGUAAAACGACGGAUCCUUUAGCCAUGGUUGUGGAAAGCUCGAAAAUCGAGCGGGGACUUUCGCAAGAUGAUGAGCCUGAGGAGGAUGAGGAGAGAAAUUCAGAUGAAGCUGAGUUGCAUAAUAAUGAAAAUAAGGUGGAGGACGAAUCUGUAACAACCUCAUCAUCUACUUCCUCUGAUGAAGAAUCAGAAACAAGUUCAGAUGACAAAACUGAGCCUUCCAAAGCGGACGGAGCAGUUCAAGUAUUACAAAUCGUUGAAAGUCAGAGAGUUGAAGACCAACAACACGUUACCAAAACUGACGACACUACAGACGAUAGUGACAUCGAAGAUGAUUUGGUGUCUGCUAUUAAUUACAACACCAUUACUUCUUUGGCCGCUUUAAAAGAUAUGCUGCAAUCGUCUGGUGAAGACUCUGAAGGAGUUGACAGUUUCUUCCACCAUUACUUUUUGUCUCACGUCAAUCGAUUACCGUCCAGGAACCAAACACAUAGUCCUUAUCCCUGGGGUAGGAGAUUGUCAGAAUGCCGAGAGGAAGAUGAAUACGAAACGGAAGAAGGAAAGUAUCCUGAGACUUCGAACGAAAAACACGCCAUUCUUAAACUGAGCAAGAUUGAAAUGUUAAUUACUCAAGAAUCCCAAGAUCAGACAUCUGAAAGUAUUCCUUCCAAAACCUCAAGCCCCUCCUCUUCGGAAAACUCGAGCUCGGAAAAAAUUGAUCAGAAGUCGAAUGCAACGACUUCCAGUAUUUCUGAAUCGAAACCACUUCCGGCUACUUCAAGAUUCACUACUUCAACUGUAACUUCACCAACGGCCACGAAACCACCCUUACGACGGAGACACACUGCUGGUCCCGGAAUGACAUUUCCAGCAACUGAUCCUCCAACCUAUUCGAGCAGUAUGACGUUUUCAAAAAUCAGUCCUUUACCAAGUCCUCAUCUCGAUAAACGAUUUUUCGAUUCAAGUCUGAUUGAGAUGAAAAGUCAGGCUAGCAGUUCUAGCACUCUGGACUAUGAUUCUACAGAGGAGAUCUGGGUACGCCGGCUUGACUUGGUACAUGACAGAAAGCGAAAGGAACUUGGAUCGCAGCCAUUACCAACAAUUGUGACCGAGGAUGUGGAUAAUCACUCAAGUCAUUCCUUGCAAGAGCAAGGGCACAGACCACGGGCAGGCACCUGGGGUUCUCAUUCGCGAAACAUUAAGAAGGCGUCCUCGGGAAGUGCUCCUGGUUCAGGAAAAUCCACGCCUGUACCACAACAUAUGGAAUCUACAUCCAGUUCUUGGAGUUCUAGCAAAGGUGGCAAAAAAAUUUCCGGUACACGGUCUGGAUCUACUAGUCGUAGCAAUAGUGCUGAACGUAGAAGAAGUGGCGGUGACGAGACUGCUAGUCCAACAAGAAAAUCUGCACUUUUUGAUGCCUUCCGACCGAGGAGUAAAUCAGAUGCUAGCAAAACUAGAAAGCCCAGUAUUAUAGCAAAUAUGAAGAAUGCUGUGCAGCACUCGCUGUAUAGAAGUACACAUGGAAGUUCCUCGACGGAUGUCAAUACAGAAAAGGAUCACAAGGAUCAUAGGGAUAGCAAAGAUCAGAGUACAAGAUCACGAACUGGAUCCGAAAGUAGCAGAAAUCCUGUUAGCAAAGUCAUAGAUCUCAUCAGACAUCGUAGUCAUAGUGCAAUAAGUGCAGAGGAUAAACGAAAAGCGAGAGCAGCAGCGCAACAUCAGUCACAUCUGGCAACGCAAAGUGCCCUAAGGAGAAGCUCAUUGGAUCCUGGUACGAGAAGAUUGUCUCUUGGAACCCCAGUAGUACCUCAUAGAGCAUCUGAUGCUUGUUUGGAUCCUGUUCAUGCUGCCAUACUCUUCAGGGAUGCUCGAGGUCUGCCAGUUGUAGAUCCCUUCCUGGAGAAGGUCUCACUCUCUGACCUUGAAGAGGAUGAAUCGCAAAUCUUUGUUAAGUUCUUCAAGUUUCAUAAGUGCUAUGACCUUAUACCUACUAGUGCGAAACUCGUUGUUUUCGAUACGCAUCUUCUUGUAAAAAAAGCUUUCUUUGCUCUUGUCUAUAAUGGGGUCAGAGCAGCGCCUUUAUGGGAUAGUUCUCGACAACAAUUUGUUGGAAUGCUAACUAUAACGGACUUUAUAAAAAUCCUUCAAAUGUAUUAUACCAGUCCGUCCGUUGCAAUGGGUGAGCUUGAGGAACAUGAGCUCGAAACUUGGCGAAAUGUACUAACAGAUCAAGUUCAUCCCUUAGUUAGUAUAGGUCCUGACGCAUCACUCUAUGAGGCUAUCAAAACAUUGAUACAAAACAGAAUUCACCGUUUGCCUGUGAUAGAUCCUGAUACUGGAAAUGUUCUUUAUAUUUUAACCCAUAAGAGAAUUUUAAGGUUUCUUUUCCUUUAUAUAAAUGAAUUACCUAAGCCCUGUUUCGUAAGCAAAACAUUGAGAGAAUUGAGGAUUGGCACAUUUGAGAACAUCGAAACAGCUACAGAAGACACUAGCAUAAUUUUAGCCCUGAAAAAAUUUGUUGAGAGGCGAGUCUCAGCUUUACCGAUCAUUGAUGGCGACGGAAAAUUGGUCAACAUUUACUCCAAGUUUGAUGUAAUCAAUUUAGCUGCAGAGAAAACGUACAAUAACUUGGACGUUUCUUUGCGAGAAGCUAAUGAACACAGAAACGAAUGGUUUGAAGGUGUUCAGUGUUGUAAAUUGGACGAAACCUUAUUCACUGUUAUGGAAAAAAUUGUCAGAGCUGAAGUUCACAGGCUAGUCGUAGUGGACGAUGAUGACAGAGUGAUUGGUAUUAUUUCUCUCUCAGAUUUGCUGUUUUAUCUUGUACUCAGGCCUUGUGGUGAAGACAGUGUCAGCAAUAAAGGUAGUUCCAUUUCACUGCGUGCACAGGAUUCUGCGACAUCGAAAGCUCCUAGCUCUGCACAUUCAGAAUCCUCGCUCGCUGAUGUUGAAGUUGAUCCAGAUCAAGAUGUAACCAGCACCAGUCAAAGAGAUCAAGCACCAGUGACUCCUAGCCCUCCUCUUAGUCCGACUGCAUCUGAUAUUUCCGAACCACAUUCAACUCUUGUGAAUAAUCAGUCUCAAGAAGCAUCGUGGCGGGAAGUUACGGUUUCAGGCGGAGAAUGAGUCAAUUUUUUCAUGUAGAAUUUUACACAGUCGCUUUUUAUCGAAGACCCAUUCAUUGAGACACAUCGUCUUUUAUGACCCACCACAUUGUUUGUGUCGGAUGGGCGUGCCUUUUCCAGUGAGACACAGCUUUGCGAGUACUUGGCAAUUCAUGUUGGAUCUCUGUAUGUCUAAAUCAACAAAGUUGAACGACACUAUUAAACAGCAAUUAUUAUUCUUGUCCAACACAUGUAUCCGGCGUAGUAUUAUUUGGUCAAGAUUGAUAUUGCAGCCAUUAAACAAGUGUCUUCAAAGUUGUUGAAAACUAGGUAUAAAAAAAAUAUAGAGUAUAGAUGAUAGGCUUGUAUGAAAAUCUUGUUUGAAGCUGUUAUAUUUGACGACUCUUAACAGCUACAACAACUAUACGUACGGAAAUUAUACAGUGCGACCUUGGAUCAACUGAAUUCACAUUGUAUUCACUGUGUUCACAUUGCGAGGUCACUUUAGACCAAAGAUAUAAUAACUCUUUUCUUAAUUAGUGUUAAUGAGAAGCUAGAAGUUUUCUUUAUCUAUACAGUUUGAUAAUAUCUUCCCUCGCUUGUCGAUACGAAAGGCCUAGCAUGAACAAUUUGAACGCAGGGAAAACAGUCUUCGACUUAAUUAUCAAUAGUGUCAUGAAAUUCUACACGAUUUCAAAGAUUCUGAGGUUCAAAAAAAUUGUAAAAUAUAAUUAAGAAUCUAUAAAUGAUGGAAAAAAAGUCUAUGAAAGCGGAAAACACACACAGAUUGAAUUGUAAAAAAAUUUUAACAAAAUUCUACCACCCACAGUUAGAUCUAUACAAUUUUAAAAAGCGCACGGGAAAAUUGGCACUUAAUAUAAAGUUUAACUACAUAAUAUAUAUAUAGGUAUAUAUGUAAGUAAUGUAAAUAAAUAGAAACGACCCUAAUCAAUAUAGAUAGAGCAUUUUUUC